GCUGCUAUGGCUGCUCCUAGCUAUAGCCCGCCCCUAUAGUGUCCUUAUUGGAUUCCUGGCCAAGGGGGUGUUGCUGCACUGAUAGCAGCAGUAGCAGCAGGGAGAGCAGCACAUUGAUACGCUGCAGCUGCUGAGUGUUGUAUAAGGAGCUGCAAGGAGUGGAUGAGAAUUAAACAGGAUCACGUUUCUCCUGUGAACUGAAGAGCUGAAAUAAUUUCUUAGCAGCUGUCAACCUCUAGCACUGUUACUGAGAACUGUUACUCACGGCUGUGCUGCAGCACUGUGAUCCCAUCAGACAAGAGGCAAAAAGAGGAGCUGAGUGGAGCUGUCCACUUACCUGCUUUAAGUCUCAGAAGGAUUUGAAGAGUUGCAGUCAAGUACUGGAAGUUAUCGAAAGAGCUUGCUCAGAUUAACAAGAUGUUUGGGACCGUGGUGGUUGGACUUGGAAUUGCUGGCUUAGCACGGAUCCGAGACUUGAUGAAUCCGAUGCCUUCCAGCCCUUCUGAGCAUCUGAAACUCUUCGGAUUUGUAUCCAGGAGAAAUCUGGGCAAAAUUAAUGAGGCCAAGCAAAUUAGCCUGGAAGAUGCUCUAAGAAGCAAAGAUAUCCAUGCAGCCUUCAUCAGCACAGAGAACAGAAGUCAUGAAGAAACCAUCAGAAUGUUUUUAGAAGCUGGGAAACAUGUCCUCGUUGAGUACCCCAUGGCUUUGUCUGCUAAGGCUGCCCAUGAGCUCUGGGAGAUGGCUGAGCAAAAAGAUAAAAUCCUCCAUGUGGAGCACAUUGAACUGCUGACUGAAGAGUACAAGCAGCUGAAAAAGGUGGUGGCUGGGAAAGACCUGGUGAAGGGAACAUUACAUUUCACGGGUAGUGUCCUUGAUGAAAAGCAAGCAGGAUUCCCAGCUUUCAGUGGAAUUGCCCGACUGACUUGGCUGGUUGACCUUUUUGGAGACCUCAUUGUCACCUCAGCCACCCGAGAAGAGCAGAAGGAGAAGAAUUAUUCCAGAAUGACAGUUCAUUUUCAGACUGCAAACAAGAAACCUCUGACUUGGAUUGAAGAAAGAGGACCAGGGAUGAGACGUGAAAAGAAAAUCAACUUCUGUUUCACAAGUGGUUGCCUGGAGGACUUCCCUCAAGCCCCAAAGUCUGCUGUGGGCCUUUUCAUGCAGGAUCAGAACCUCUUUGCCAAAAAACUGCUGGGCCAGGUAUCCAAGGAGGAGCUGGCUGCUGAGAAAUGGCGAAUUUUGCGGUGUCUUGACCUUGCAGAGGAGAUCCAACAGCACUGUGAAAGGCCGGAGAAAAUAUGUUCCUGAGGAUGCUCUUAGGGAAGAAGAGAUGUGACAGCAGGAAGGGUGUAGGGUAGAUCUCAUCACACAGUUGGUAUUUCUUCUUCAUUACCUCCUCUUUGACUAGUUGUGACUCCUAGGCUCUCUGGCAUGGCUGGAGAGCCUGGACCGUACCCAGUGCCUUUUGAUGUGUGCCAGAAGUAGACAACACAUUACCCUGCUCUGUCCUGCCAGACAGGAACCUAGGAACCUAGCAGCAGCAACUUUUCAUAAGGUUGCUCCCAAUAAAUACAAUUGGAAGUGUCGCUAAGAGCAGAAUCUAGAGUACACCAAAUAUUAGACAUGAUUUCCCUUCCUAUUUUUUUCCUCUUCUUUUUAGAUAUGUCUGAAAAUGAGAGACAUAUAGCAUAUCUAGAAUGAAACACAGAGUUUCUUUAUUAGUAUUUUAUCCACUUCUUUACUUGAUCUGCAGAACUUGUGCCAUCACAGUCCUGACCUAUUCUUCUAGAUGCCCUGAACUAUUCUGGGUGUUUGCUCUAAUUAGUAUUUGUGCCUUUGAUUUUUAUACUGGAAAUCAACUAGCUUCAAACAGAAUCUACACUGGUAUCAGCCCCAAACAGAAGGAAUGUCUUGUCUCUUAGUAGACAGCAUCUUGAGUUCAUUAACUCAUUUUCUCUGGUACCCUGUGCCAGCAUAGAAAUCCAUUUUUUCCAGCAAUCAGAGAUUAGUACAGUACAUUAAACUAAUGCAUCAUCUGCCUGCUUUCCACUUUAUUUCGUUGUAAUGGAUCUAAGUAUUUUUCUUAUCUUGCACUGAAAGCAGGAUGUAUUUUCCUUCAUUUGUGUUCUGCAUCUGAUUCAGCACAUGAAUAAAUCACUCCUAAAAAUAAUAUACAUACUUAAAAAAAUGAGAAGUAAUACACUCCUGGAAACAGUGAAAUUCAGUAGAAAUAAUGAUAAAAAUAGAGUUGAACCCUAAGAACUGGAGCAAUUUGCAAAUGUAGCUACGCAGUCAUAGAGUAUCAUACCUGUGGGAUGGAUAUUUGACAUUUUAUAGUAGUCCUAGGGAUACAUAUGAAGACAUUAUCACUUCCCUGAAGAAGCAUUUUGGUUUUGGGAGAAGUUUAAGCAGUGCACAAAAUUAUUAACAAUUCCUCUGCUUCUUGCCUUUUACUUUCUAAUUGCAACAUCUAACUGUGUUAAUGUAGCAAAAAACUUUAGUAUGUGCAGUUGUUGCACUUCAAACACAGAAGGCAGCAUCUCUUUACUACGCUAUCAUUUGGGCAAAUUUUUAAUAAGAAAGCAUGUAUAUUGUAAACAUAUAUAUAAUUACAACUAGUCAAUACUGAUACAAAAGUUCUUCCUUUAGGUUAAUCAUGUUUGUUGCAAAAUUGGAUACAGUGCAGUUAGAGCUUGGGACAGGGAAGGAAAGGCUGGGUAUUUUUUUCCCAAACCAGUCAGAUUUUAGGAGCAAUUUGAGCUUGCUAUGUGAAUUAAUUUCACUUACAAAAUUCAUUUAAAUCUACUCUGUCUUGUCCAAAUCAGUGGAAAGCCUCCUAUUGACUUGAAUGGACUGAAAUCACUUGAGUUGCGAACAGGAGAUAUGCGAAUGCAGAUCAUACGUUUUUUUACCCAAAUGGACACAGUACUUGGCAUUCACAUUGAUUUCUUUACUUAUUGAAGAGACAUUGCUUGAGUAAAUCUGAUGGUAUUUGGGCGGGGAGGAGGUGGGGAAGUAGAAAGAGUUUCAUACUGCCCAAUUUCAUGGCAAAAUACAAAAGUUUGUCUCUGAACAAAAUGAAAUUGCAAUCUGCUGUGUGUGUGUAUCUCCUAUGUAUGGCAGCACACAAAAUCUCCUGUUGCUUGACAAACUCCUCUGCUGUGACUACAGGGUGAAUACCACUUGUACACGUGUUAGCGCAAACAGGUCAUUGAAGAGGGAUGGCAAAGGCAAGGGAGACGUCCCACUCCCCAGCUAUGGGCAGCAAAAUUAGCCACUGGGUCUCCUUUGGGCAGCGCAGUAGUUGGUGUAAGAGGUGUAUAAUGCCGUAGGGGAGGUACGUUCUCCUGGGGGGAAUUCACAGGAGCAGGAGUGUAAUGUUGUGUGGUGAAUCGCGCUCUGUAGAGCCCUGUCUCUGUAGAGGGAGCCGAGGAAAUUGUCCAGAUCAGCUGAGGCGGAUGCCCAGUGCUGGGGGGCCAACGCUCUUCCCCCCAUCCGCACCGCUCCUCCCACCAAACCCCCUUGCGUACCGCUGUCUGCUCUGCCCUGCAGAGCCUGGAGCUUCUGCGUUGCUUUUUCUUCAGCAAUGGGAAAUUUGUUGACUUACCGUGUUGAUUUGUAUACAGGAGCUACUGGAUGGCAAGCUUAAAAUGUGCAUACUGUUUAACCAGCUGUCAAACUUGCCAAUAAAAGUAUUGGAGCUCUUGAUUA